AAAAAUUUUAAAAAUUUUCCUUAACUUACCCAACAGUAACACUGGGGGAAAAGAAAAAAAGAUGAGAGAGAGAGUUAGUGAGAGAGUGAGUUGGGAUCACGGCGGACAUCGUUCACGGGUAAGACAGCCGGUACUGAACUGGGAGCAUGAUGGAUUUCGCCACAGCAACUACCAGAGGAACAGGGGUCAGGUGGAAAUGGGAAAAAUGCAGUUUAAGCAGAACCUUGGUCGGAAAAUGCAGAAGGACGAGCCAUACAAUUGGGGUCUUUAUAAACAAACUACGUCAUAUUUCUUCACAAAUUAUCCGGAUGAUUGGAGCUAUGAUGAGAUGUGGAGAACGUUUCUCAGGUACGGUAGGGUCUACGACAUCUAUGCACCAAACAGAAAAAGCAAGAAUGAGAGCAGAUUCGACUUCGUGAGAUUUCUGGGUGUGUCAGAUAAGAAGGAAUUAGAAAGUAAGCUAGAUCAGAUUUGGGUAGGAGGGUGGAAGCUUUGGGUGAAUAAACCAAGGUAUGAUGAGGAGAAGAAGGAAGGAGGUGUGAAAAAAAGCUGUACAGGAGCGGCGACAGUAACUCAAAACAGAAGCUUCGCGGAGGUCGUGAAAGGAAGACAAGGAAGCCAUACUGAAGAGGAACAGAACAAACAGAGCGAGGCUGGCAGAAGUAGAAACCGAGUAGUAGACAUAGAAGAUAAAAACUGCACAAGGCAAGUUGAGCAGGACAAAUCCAGAAGAAAUAACAAACAGGGUCGCUGGCUUUCGGCAACCAGAAGAGUUUGGAAAGAAAGGGGAAUGGGGAAAGAAUGGGCGGGCAUGGAAUAUAAUGCCAAACCAGAGGAAUAUGAAUGGCUCGACGGUUGUUACGUCGGAACAGCGCACUCAGUAGAGAUGGUCUGUAAUUUGCAAGAAAAAUUCUACAUGGAAGGAUAUUUUUCUUGUAAAAUUCGAGCAAUGGGAGGCAAAUUGGUCCUGCUAUCAGGUGAAGAUAAGGAGGAAGUGAAGGACUUGGUUGAAAUGGCAUCAGAUUGGCUGAGGCAAUGGUUUGUGGAGGUGCAACCAUGGACACCAAAAAUGACUGCAACCGAGAGAUUUGUAUGGAUAAGAUGUCAAGGGGUCCUUUUGAAUGCCUGGAAAACUGAUUUCUUUUCAACCAUGAGCUGUUCAUGGGGAAAGUUCAUUUGCUUGGAUGAUAGCACAAGCAAAAAGAAAAGGUUCGACAUUGCAAGGUUUCUUAUCUCUACUCCAAUCAUGGAGACAAUCACAGUCACAAGACAAAUUAAAAUUAAUGGAGUUGUCUACCAAGUGAAGUUUUCAGAGGAAGAAUUUUCCAAUAGUUUUUUCUCUUUGAAGGAAGAUUUUAUGCCAGCUUUUAACAGUGACUCAGAGGACCGGGAAUCAUGGUCCACUGGAAGUGAUUCGGAGUUGAAGGCCUCAGAAAAUGGAUGGAUGAAGGACGUUGCUCAAACCGGGGAUCCAUGGGUAGAAGAGGAUGACGUCCCUGUACGCAUGAAAGAGAAAGACAAAAGACAAGCAGAAGAUGUCAGCGGGGAAGGAGGAGAGCAAGUAGAAACGGGAGGAUUUACCAGGGACAAAAUUCAAAAUUUGAAUUUAGAAAUUGAAAAUUCAAGAUCAGGCGCGGAAUCAAAGAGGCAGGAAAUACAGGGGUCGGGUUCAGACAGUAUUGAAGAGGCCACAAGAGUAGCGGAUCACAUGAGGAAGCCCAAUAUGCAACCAGUCAUAGAGCCCAAUUUACAAAAGGAAAGCCCAUUGGAUGAAGAAUCAGUUAUGCAGGGGCGGAACCAAACAAAAAGCCCAAUGGAGAAAUUAAAUACAAACAAAAUAAGGGGCAAUUUCAAUAAUAGAAGAAGAUCAGAAGGGCGCAACAAAGAAGAAGGCGAUGACUUGUUCUGGAAGGGCUUUGAAGCAGAGAGGGGACGCAUAGAUGAGUGGAUCGGUAAACAGUUAGGAGACUGUAAUUCGAAAAAGGAAAGAAGGAGGGUUAGAAGGUGCAGUUCGGUGUACAAUGAAGCAGAUACAGGGGACGCAACGGGGUUGGCGAAGGAGAUUUGGGAUUUAGCGACGCAGCUCAGAGCAGUUGCAGAAGACGACAUUGAGGUGAUUCAGAGAAUUGAGGAGAUGGAGGACAGAGAUAGACGUGCAAAGACAAAUAUGGUGAACCGCGAAGAGGAGGAUAUGAGGGAGGAGACUAAGUUGGAACUGGUAGAUAGAAUUACUUGUAGAAGUUUGUGGGGGACAGAGGAUUUGGACUGGGUUGCAAAGGCAUCUGCUGGAAAAUCAGGGGGAUUGCUCUGUGUUUGGGACCCGAGAGUUUUGAAGAGGAAGGAGACUAUAGAGGGAUGCAAGGAGGUGAUUACAAAGGUGUGGAAUAGUUGUGAAGUGAAAGGGUGGAGUGGUUUUAUACUCAAGGAGAAGUUGAAACAUACAAAGCUUGCUCUAAAGGAGUGGAGCAAUAAUAUGAAUAUCGAGGUGGAUAGCCGACUAAAGGAUGCAGAAGAUACAAUUGCUAGAAUUGACGAGAAAGGUGAGCAGAACCAACUGUCAAAUAUUGAUAUUGAAAAUAGGAGAAAGUGUUUUAUUGAUCUGUGGAAAAAUCUAAGAAUCAAGGAGAGGAUGUGGCAACAAAAAUCAAGGAAGCUAUGGCUAAAAGAAGGUGACGCCAACACAAAUUUUUUCCAUAGGAGUGUGAAAGGAAGAUGGAGAAGAAAUGAAUGGAGUAGACCAAAGCUAGAUGGGAUCAGUUUUAAGCAAAUAUCUUGGACUGAUAAUGAGAUGCUCACAGCGGCCUUCUCGGAACAGGAAAUCAAAGAAGCAAUAUGGAAUUGUGACUCAUCCAAAUCUCCAGGGUCGGAUGGAUUCAACUUCAGAUUUGUUAAGACGAUGUGGGAAGUCAUAAAACUUGAUGUGAUCAAUUUUGUACAGGAAUUCCAAGAACAUGGCAGGUUGGUCAGAGGGUCAAAUGCUUCUUUCAUUGUUCUAAUUUCGAAGACAAAAAAUCCCCAAGGAAUUGAGGAAUACAGACCCAUAUCGCUCAUCGGAAUUAUGUACAAAAUCAUUGCAAAAUUACUAGCAAACCGGCUGCGAAAGGUGUUACCCAUGGUGAUCGGUGAACAGCAGAUGGCUUUCCUUGAGGGAAGACAACUAGCGGAAGGAGUAGUGAUUGCAAAUGAGGUUAUCGAUGAGGUCAAAAGGAAGAAGAUGAAGAGCUUUGUUUUUAAAGUCGACUUUGAGAAAGUUUAUGAUAAGGUAUGCUGGGAGUUCAUUGAGUACAUGAUGUUGAGGAUGGGAUUUAACGCAACUUGGAGGAAAUGGAUACAAGAGUGUCUAAAAUCGAGUUCGGUAUCCAUUCUCAUUAAUGGCAGUCCGACGAAACAAUUCCCGGUUAACAAAGGCAUCCGUCAAGGUGACCCGUUAUCCCCUUUUUUAUUCUUGAUUGUUGCGGAGGGGUUGAAUGGACUAGUGUCAACAGCAAUGGAGAAGGGAUGGUAUAAAGGAGUGUCAAUUGGCAGCGGAGGCACUAUGGUCACACAUCUUCAAUUCGCGGAUGACACCAUAUUUUUCGGGGAGGCUACGGAAGACAAUAUACGGGUGAUCAAAUGCAUUAUGAGAACUUUUGAGUUGGCUUCAGGGCUAAAGAUAAAUUUCAGAAAAAAUGAACUGAUGGGAGUGGGAGUAGAUAAAAGCUGGAGCGGUAAAAUGGCUUAUAGACUAUAUUGCAAGGAAGGGGACCUGCCAGUUAAGUAUUUGGGAAUCCCAAUUGGUGGUAGCCAAAGGAGAGUAGCUAUGUGGCAGCCAUUGGUGGAGUCGGUUAAAAGGAAAUUAACUACUUGGAAGGGGAGGCAUCUAUCAAUGGGAGGUCGCAUUACACUCAUCAAUUCAGUGCUGUCAAGUUUGCCCGUGUUCUUGAUCAGAAGCAACGGGGUAUGGGAAUGGAAUCUGCAGUGGAGGAGAAAAUUGUUUGAGUGGGAAGCGGAAGAGGCCAUGGAACUUCAUAGCAUGAUAACAGACGUGAAGAUCUCACAAGGAAGCACGGAUAGAUGGGAAUGGAUUCACGACAAAAAUGGCCAAUACACAACAAAAUCAGCAUUUGCACUUUUAACAAAAGAAGAGAGUGGAGCAAACGGAAGCACAACAUUCAAAAGAGUCUGGAAUCCCAUCCUUCCAAGCAAAAUAUCGGAGUUUAAUUGGCAAUUACUUCAGGAUAGAAUACCAACAAAAAUGAAUCUACUGAGAAGAGGGGUCAUUAAAGACAUGAGAGAAAGCAGAUGCGGUAUAUGCAAUGAAGAUGAGGAAGACUCAACGCACAUGUUUUUAUAAUGCAAGAUGGCUCGAUGGUUAUGGAUGGCUUGUGCAAAGUGGUGGGGUAUUAAUGUCACACUACAAGAGGAAUGCUGGAACACUUUCCAGAAUUUUGAAAGAGAGUUGAAAGAGGCAAGUUUAAGAGACGGAUGGGAUUGUAUUUGGAACGCCUUGGUGUGGACGGUGUGGCUGGCCAAAAAUCAAAAGAUAUUUCAAGG